AUGCCCUCCGCAAACGAACCUAUCGCCAUCAUCGGCGCGGGAUGCCGCUUCCCAGCCGCCUCCAACACCCCCUCCUCCCUCUGGUCCCUCCUCACGAACCCAGGGGCGCUCGACACGCUCUCCGAAAUCCCACGCUCCCGCUUCAACUGGCGCGGCUACCACACCCCCACUGGCGUCCCUCACCACGGCACCAUCAAAACCAAAUACAGCCACUUCCUCUCAGACACAGACAUAUCCGCCUUCGACGCCACCUUCUUCAACAUCAAGCCCGCCGACGCAGAGGCCAUGGACCCGCAGCAGCGCCUGCUGCUCGAGACCGUGUACGAGGGCUUAGAGAAUGCGGGUCUCACAAUGGAGGGUCUCCGCGGCUCCGAUACAGCCGUGUACAUCGGGCUCAUGAAUACAGAUUACGCCGAUCUCAUCCAGGACGAUGUCGACUGUAUCCCCGCGUACGCAGGCACCGGCGUGUCGCGGAGUAUCCACGCGAACCGGAUAAGCUGGUUCUUCGACUGGCGGGGCCCAAGCAUGAGUAUCGACACGGCAUGCAGCUCGAGCAUGAUGGCCGUGCAUUUAGCCGUGCAGAGCCUGCGCAGCGGGGAGGCGAGGGUUGCUGUUGCGGCGGGGGCGAGUUUGUAUCUGAGUCCGCACAACUACAUCGUCCUCAGCAGCCUGGGCAUGAUCUCGUCCUCGGGACGCAGUCGGAUGUGGGACGCCCGCGCGGACGGGUACAGCCGCGGCGAGGGCGUCGCGUCCCUGAUACUGAAACCGCUCAGUGCAGCUAUUGCAGACGGGGAUGCCAUUGACGCUAUCAUCCGCGAGACGGGCGCGAACCACGACGGGUAUACGCGGCGAAUUACGGCGCCGAGCAGCCAGGCGCAGGCGGAGCUGAUUCGGAGGACGUAUGCGCGUGCUGGGCUGCGUGUGGAUCGGAGGGAGGAUCGGCCGCAGUAUUUUGAGGCGCAUGGGACGGGGACGGCGGUGGGGGAUCCGAGGGAGGCGGAGGCUGUGUGUGCUGCUUUCUUUGGGGGGGAGAUGGAAGGGGUAGGUGAGGAGGUGAUGCAUAUUGGGUCUGUGAAGACGGUGAUCGGGCAUACGGAGGCGACUGCGGGGAUUGCGGGGAUAUUGAAGGCCGCGCUGGCUGUGAAGUAUGGGGUUAUUCCGCCGAAUCUGCUGUUUGAGAGGUUGAGUCCGGCUGUGGAGCCGUUUGCGAAGUACCUAAGUGUACCGACGGAGUUGAAGCCGUGGCCUGUUCUUGCUGAGGGUGGGCCCAGGCGGGCGAGCGUGAAUGCGUUUGGGUUUGGUGGAAGUAAUGGGCACGUUAUUCUGGAAAGCUACCAGGAUACAAGGGAACCAAGUGUCCCUCCCAGGAAUCAUAAUCAUACACAGGCUCCCACGUUAACGACACCAUUUGUCUUCUCUGCACAGUCAGAGCGAAGCCUGAUAUCAAUGGUGCAAAGGUUCGCCGAGUAUCUGGAGGUCCAAUCCGCAGAAUCAGAAGCAGAACUCGACCUGCGCAGUAUCGCUUAUACACUGCAAUAUCAUAAAUCCCUACUCGGCACACGAACGUCAAUAUCAGCCCUUGACAAGGUCGAUCUCGUGCAAAAAUUGAAGAACUUCCAAGCACGCGCACCGAAAACCCCCGAUCUCGUCAGCAGCAGACCUCCGAAACGUGCCGCCGGUCCACGAAUCCUAGGGAUCUUCACAGGCCAAGGCGCCCAAUGGGCAGGAAUGGCCCAAUCAGUCCUGCAUGCUUCUCCUAAAGCCCGUGAGAUCGUGCGCGCCCUCGACAAGUCUCUCACAACCCUCCCGCGUGAGCAAGACCGCCCCUCCUGGACAAUCGAGGACGAGCUCAUGAAGGCCCCUGCGACAAGUCAGGUUGCUGAAGCAGCCCUCUCACAGCCCCUCUGCACGGCGAUCCAGAUUCUACUUGUUGAUAUGCUGCGGAGUGCUGGGGUGAGGUUUCAUGCCGUUGUUGGCCACUCGUCUGGGGAGAUUGCCGCUGCUUACGCGGCUGGCUUUGUCACGGCUGCUGAUGCCAUUCGGAUAGCUUAUUACCGAGGCCGCUGUGCAAAUCUGGCUAGUGGAAGGGAUGGCCAGAAGGGCACAAUGCUUGCAUGUGGCUUGUCGCCGGAUGGAGCCCGCGAGAUAUGCGAUGCACCGAGGUUCCGCGGGCGUAUUGGAAUAGCCGCGUGUAAUUCCUCUACGAAUACUGCUAUCUCGGGCGAUGUGGAUGCUGUCAACGAGGUGAAGGCGAAGCUAGAGCAAGAGAAUAUAUUUGCACGGUUGUUGAAGGUCGACACGGCAUAUCACUCGCACCAUAUGCUGCCCUGCGCCCAGCCCUACCUCGAAGCAUUACACUCGUGCGAUAUCCGGCCACUAUCGCCUGAGGCGGACUCCCCGGCGUGGCUUUCGAGUGUCCAGCCCGGCGAUAUCAUGUCGGCAACUGACUCGGACAAGCUGUCCGGCGAGUACUGGGUAACCAACAUGACGAGCCCAGUCCUCUUUGCCGAUGCGGUGUCAGCUGCAGUCACAGCGCCAGAUGGCUCCUUCGAUCUAGUCCUCGAAGUCGGCCCACACCCAGCCCUCCAGUCCUCCGUCCAGCAGACGAUCCAAGAAACCGCCAAAAGCGAGACUAAGAUCCCGUACACCGGCGUCCUCGCCCGGGAAAGAAACGGCCUCGUCGCAUUCGCCGACGCCCUGGGCACAAUCUGGACGCACUGCGCUCACAACGCAGGCACCGUCACCUUCGCCACCUACGACCGGACAUUCUUCCCCAACGCCCCGCCAUCCUUCAUCCGCGAUCUGCCCACAUACCCCUGGGACCACACCAAGACAUACUGGUACUCCUCGCGCUGGGAGCGCGCGCGGCGGAACAGACGCGGGCCCGUGCAUAGCCUGCUCGGUGUGCCGUACGGCGAUGUUACGGAUUCAGAAGUGAAGUGGCGGAAUUUCCUCAUCCCCAAGGAGAUCCCGUGGUUGUUGGACCAUCGUGUACAGGGGGGUAUGGUGUUUCCUGCGGCGGGGUAUGCGGUCAUGGCGGUUGAGGCGGCGGUGCUUAUGGUCAGGGGGGAGGAGGAACGGGGUCAGGUGAAGCUGGUUGAGAUACUUGACUUGGAUAUCCGUCGAGCUAUCUCGUUUGAGGAUGAGAGUAGCAGCGUCGAGGUUAUUUUGACUUUGACGAACAUUGAACGGACACGGGCGCGGAUACGCACACGCACACGCACACGCCCUGAGAAAGCGGAGGAAGAGGAGGAAGAGGAAACCCUAACUGCCCGCUGGACCCUGCACUCACCCGCCACCAAGGACGCAGACACCCUGAGUCUAGUAUGCAGGGGCUCAGUCUGCGUACGUCUCGGCCCCCCGUCAUCCAAAACCCUCCCAGACCGUCCGACAGAUAACGUGGAAGGCCUCCCGAACAUGCUCCCGCUAAACGUAGACGACUACUACGCCACCCUCUCCGAAAUCGGGUACGGGUACAGCGGCCCCUUCAAGCGCAUAACGAGUCUCCGUCGUAAAAUGGGCUACUCCUCCGGCGUCAUCGCGCUGCCAGAUCCGCCGCACGAUACGCUGGUGCAUCCUGCGUUGCUGGACGCCGCGUUCCAGGCUUUGCCUGCCGCCAUCAGUUACCCUGGCGAUGGGGGGCUGAGGGGGUUGCGUGUGCCGACGGGGAUUGGGGCGGUUCGGAUUAAUCCGUACUAUUUCGGUGAUGGAGAGACUGAGCGGGAUGAAUUGGUCUUUGAUGCGGCUGUUCCCAUGGGCUCGGAGGAACAAAAUGGAGGAGAUGUGAGUGUGUACACCACUGCUGGCCAUGGCGUUAUCCAGAUCGAGGCCGUGAAAACAGUUCCGUUGACGGAGGCGAGUGCCGCCGACGACCGCAAUAUCUUCUCCGAGGAGAUCUGGGCACUCGCAGACCCAGAUACACGACCAGACUUAGUUUGUACCGUGGAACCAACUGCAGACGGAACCGAGCGUGCGUUUGUGUGUGAACGGGCAGUGCACUUCUAUAGCAGGAGGCUCUGGACGGAGCUGAAAGACUCGGGGUUGGACAAGCAGAGUGCGGCCUUGCAUCACCAGCACCUAAUAGACUGGGCGGGUGAGCUGGUUUCGGGCGUGGCUGGCGAGCGAGUGAAGGGCAAGCCUGAGUGGGAAGACGACACCGAGGACGAUAUACAACGCCUUUUUGCGAGAUACCCUGCAGACGUUGACUUGAGGCUUAUCAAGAGGGUCGGAGAGACUUGCUCUUCAUUCAUCAAAGGGGACGUGGGUGCCCUGGAUCCUAAAGCCAGCGAAGACGUGCUGAACGAAUGGUAUGCUGAAGGACUUGGGUGGACAAAGGCCUAUGCCUGGGCUGUUGGUCUUGUGAAGCAGAUAGUGCAUCGGUAUCCACGAAUGGAUAUUAUAAGCCUUGGGGGUACGUCAGGGACCGCCAGAACCAUCCUCGAUGGACUCGGUUCAGACUACACGUCCUAUACAUACACAUACACUUCGACACCAACCCAGGAACAGAGCACCGCCUUAACCUCGGCGAGAAACGUGCUCGCAAAACCACUGGAUCUGUCGACGAAUCUCGCGACUCAGGGCUACACCGAACACUCGUACGAUCUCGUCCUCGCGACGAACCUCACCCAUAGCACAUCUGAUGUAUCGGAAGCCUUGCACCGUAUAUACUCCCUCCUCAAACCAGGAGGGUAUUUGGUACUUAUCGAACCCACUAACCAGGCGUCAACACGCAUGAGGUUCUUAAUGGGCGGCCUGGCAAAGUUUGCAUCGCCAGUCUCACCCGCCCAGUGGCACUCCCUGCUGCAAAAGACAGGGUAUUCCGGGGUUGACACAAUACUCACCUCAUCCCCAAACGGGGAGCUCGUGUGCCCGUUCUCCGUCUUCCUCACACAGGCAGUUGACCGGCGCGUCUCCAUCCUCCGUCAACCACUGUUCGCCAGGGUCAAUGCACGAGCAGCAAAGCGCUUAGGUGAACUUCUAAUAAUCGGAGGACGGACGCUGGAAACAGCUAAGCUUGCCAGCGACGUCCAGUUCAUGCUUGGGCAGUUCUUCUGUGGGAUUACGGCUAUCGAGACGUUGGAGGAAGUCAAUACCUUGACAGAUAUUCCAAGCACAAUCCUCGUCCUGUCAGAGCUGGAGCGUCCAAUGUUCCAAGACAUGAGUACUGCCAAACUGGAUGCACUGAAGACCCUCUGGAGCAACGACCACAACGUCCUCUGGGUGACACGCGGGUGUACGGGCUCCGAGCCCCAUGCCAACACGACAAUCGGGAUGGCGCGUUCUGUGCGGAACGAGCGGAAGGACCUCCGGCUGCAGAUCCUUGAUGUUGAAGACGGUGCGGUCGUUGAUGCUCGGCGGCUGGCAGAGAUGCUCUUGCGCUUGCGUGGGACUCAGCUCUGGGAACAGGAGGGUGCGCUUGACGACAUGUUGUGGACGACGGAGCCUGAAUACCGACUUACCAAGGAUGGACGUUUUCUUAUCCCGCGGCUUUCUGAGGACGUGGCGCGGAAUCGUGCGUAUAACUCUAGGCAUCGCCGCAUCCAGGAUCAUGUUGAUCUGGCUCAGGAGAGGGUGUCUGUCCGGUAUGUGGAGAAGUCAGUCGGGUUCAAGCUGGUAAAAGAGCCAGAUAUCCCAGCAUCUGGGGGUGCAGCUCGAGGUUCUGUGAUUGUGCGAGUGCUGUACUCUCUUCUCUGCGCCGUCAAGCUUGCGGACGGACGGUGUCUGUUUCCGCUUAUUGGUACACGCACGGAUACAGAGGAAACUGUCUUUGCUCUAUCAUCCUCGAAUGGCUCACUUGUUGAGGUACCGAUGCAGCAUCUUGUGCCGGUCAUGGAGUACGCAGCUUCUGGUACACUGAUCCUCCGGGUUGCUUGGGAGUUACUGUCUCAUACCCUAUGCUGUAAUGUUACGCCUGGACAGACGAUACUGGCACGAGGCAUUGACCCCGGAUUGUUCAGCGUUCUACGCCGUCAUGCUGGUGGGUGUGGAGUGUCGGUCUAUACUGUUACAAGUAAACCGCCGGCAAAUGAGGACACUGCAUCGGUUGCUGUCCACCCCUUGGAGCACAGGAGCACACUGAGAGCCAAGCUACCAGCAAAUAUUUCAGUGUUUCUGGAUAUGUCACCUGCAUACCAUCGCAGAGAUGAACUGCACAGGCGACUGGCAUCUGUCCUCCCGGUGUCCAGCAAGGUAUACACACCAGAUACCCUAUUCUCCACGGGAUCGUCUUCCACCAUCAUUUCACCCUACAAUACCCCUUUGCAUGACCUAGUUGCAGAGGCAUUGAAUACACCCGCAUCCGAGGGUCUCCGCGAUUACGCGGACGAGCUCACCUGCCCCCUCCGCCAGAUCCCGCAUCUCACAUCCUCCGACGCAACUGAUCCAUUCACACUCAUCGACUGGACAGCAGACGUCACAGUGCCUGUCAACAUAGCACCCACAUCCGAUAGCCUCACGUUCUCCCCGGACAAGACAUACCUCCUGGUAGGCCUAACCGGAGAUCUAGGCCAAACCCUCGCAGAAUGGUUCAUGCAGCACGGCGCAAAACACCUCAUCCUAGCCAGCCGCAACCCAAGCACCCACAUAACCCAGAAAUGGCUGGACGAGAUGCAAACCCUAGGUGUGAUAACCCUCAAAAUCGUCGCCACGGACAUAACAGACACCCCCUCCCUCACAACCCUCUACACAUCCCUCCAAAACACCCCCACCAUCCCGCCCAUCGCAGGCGUCGUCAACGCCGCAAUGGUUCUACAAGACAGCACAUUCGCCAACACAACCCUGUCCACUCUUGAAUCCGUAACAGGGCCCAAAGUGUCCGGGUCCCAGAACCUGCACGCCCUCUUCGACGCAUCCCACCCACUCGACUUCUUCAUCCUCCUCUCCUCACUCAGCUACAUCGUCGGGAACGCGGGGCAGACAGCCUACGCCGCAGCGAACGCAUUCAUGGCCGGGCUGGUCGCGCAGCGCAGGAAGGCCGGUCUUGCAGCGUCCGUCAUGCACAUCGGGCCGAUUCUGGGUGCUGGACAUAUCGCGCGCCAUGGGGGGAAUAGACUUCUACGGCCGAAGGCGUUGCAGGCGUCCGGUGUAUUCCCGCUCUCGGUGCAGGAUUUCCUGGAGCACUUUGCUGAGGCGGUGCGUGGGAGUCCGGCUGAUUCGGGGGUUGGGGCGGAGAUUGUGAGCGGGUUGAGGGGGGUUAGGCUUGACGCUCAGAUGGAUGCGCUGGAUCUGAGGGACCGUGUUGUUUGGGGGGCGGAUCCGCGGUUUGGGCGGUUUGUUGAGGCUCCAGGGUUGCAGGGGGAGGGGGGUGAUAUGGGUAUGAAGCAGGCUGUUGUGUCUGUUAGGGAUCGGCUGAUGGAGGCGACGAGUGCAGAACAGGCGCGGAGUAUCAUUAGAGAAUGCUUCUCAUCUCGCCUGGCAUUCUUCCUUCGCCUCGACGCAGCGAAGGUAGAGACUAGUCUCAAUCUCCCCCUCAACGAGCUCGGUAUGGACUCGCUCGUUGCAGUCGAGACGCGGAACUGGUUCAGCAAACAGCUGGGCGUUGAUGUCUCCAUUAUACGCAUCUUAUCCGGUGCAUCUGUGCUCGACUUGGUUGAGGAUGCGCUGGUAGGCAUACCCGCGGAGAUGAUUCCGAACAUCAAGCUGGCAGGUGACAAGCAGACAGGGGAAGAAACAAAACAGGGACAUGAAGGGGACUCGCUCGAGCAUGUGGAUGUGGAGAUUCCAUCUCCGUCUCCAGUUCCGAGUAUCGAGUCUUCCUCGCCCGAUGACGGUAACAGUCUCGGACAUGAGUCAAGGACGGUUCAUACACCUCCCACAUCUGCCUCGGAACCUGAGCUUGACGGGAGUCCGGUGUACGUUGAGUCUCUUGCGCUGAAAUAG